AUGAAAGAUAAUGACUUCUACAGCUUGGCAGGCUUGUCUGUCGGUGAAUACCAGCUCAUCCGCCGUAUAGGCGCUGGAACAUAUGGACUCAUCUACCUCGUUGAAGACAUACACACAAGACGCCGCUUUGCCGCCAAAAUGUUACUUAAGAACCCUCCCAUGAAACUCGACGAUGUUGACGCAAAUAAGGAGCAAAUCCAACGCCAGUUUUAUCAGUUUUUUAAAGUCAAUCAAAGCCCCUCGAUCGAAUCAUUGAACUUGCUAAAACUUCGAAAUUUGGGUGCACUGUGUCCAUUUUUGAAAGAGAUCGCCAUUCACUUGCAAGUGAUGUCCCACCCUAAUAUUGCUCUGAUCCAUGCUGUGCUCGAUAUAACUGACUUGGCUGUCGUCAUUGUUAUGGACUACUUUGAGCAAGGCGACUUAUUUUACAACAUCACUACGAAUCAAAUCUUCCAGAGCUACCAUGGUAACAAGCAGUUAUUGAUGAAAAACGUGAUGCUUCAGCUUAUUGAGGCAGUGGAAUUUUGUGCUUCGCGAGGCAUAUACCACUGUGACUUGAAACCUGAGAACAUUAUGGUACACUACAAUCCGCAUUACGUACGCUCAACCUCCAAUGUUUGUAUCGACUAUGAUGAAUGUCGUGUUGUACUAAUCGAUUUCGGGCUUGCGAUGACUUCAAAUUUCAUGUGCUGCAACGUGUGUCGUGGUCUGCUGUUUUAUAUGGCGCCUGAACGGUUGAUGAACUAUAGUGAUCUGCCUAUCAUUCGAAGAUUGGUUGAUCUUUCACAAUACGAGCUGAUGAAGGAGGAAAAUCGAAAGUAUGAUUCUCUGAGCCUGAAAUACUUUCCUACCAUCGCUGGCGAUAUAUGGUCUUUGGGGGUCUUGUUUAUCAAUAUCUCUUGCCUGCGAAACCCAUGGCCUAUGGCAUUACUAACCCAAGAUGAGAAUACAGUGUUCAGAGAUUACAUGCUACACGGAAAGAAGAAAAUAUUAUCACAAAUUCUUCCGAUAUCUACCCAAUUUAACCUAUUGUUGGACAAAAUAUUCCGGCUAGAUCCAAACGAGCGGAUAAAUUUACCAGCAUUGCGCCAAGAAAUCAUGACAAUUGAUUUAUUCCACACCUACCCCCUUUCCCCGCCUUCGGAACCUGAGGUCAACUUGCCUGAGGUGAGAGGUGAUCUCAUUAUCACAGAGAGAAGCAUGAUGGAACAAUGCCGCCACCGAUUGAAGCGGUUCAGCUGCCCUCACCACUGA